AUGUCAGGACGCUAUUCCCUGCGAGCGACGCCACGAAAAAAGGAGCUAUUCGAUGGCAUGAUUGAGACGCCUUCCAAGACUCGCUCGUCUCGACGCCUAUCCCCGUUCCCUCCCGAAGCAUCUGACAACGAACCCGAACCCGUUGCCGCACCCGCCUCGCCUGUCAAGCCUGCCGCGCGCUCUCGCUCUCUCCGCCGCCGAACCAUUGCCAAGUUGGACGACGAGCCGGCGCAGGACACCGAGGUCACCAAGCAGACUAAACCCAUCGAGAUGGAAAACGGCAAGAGCCCCGCCAACGGCACACAUAAGCGCGCCGCCUCGCGCCCACGCACGCCCAAGGAGUCUGCGACGGCCACGGCCGACGACGUCAAGGUUAGCGUCGUUGACGGCUGGAAGCCCGGCCAGGACCCCAAGGUUGACUACUCAGGCGAGUUUGAAUUUGGCGGCUCCGUCGGCACCUUUUCCAUGAUGGUCUUCUUCCCCGUACUCAUGUGGUACAUGUGGGUGGGCGCCACCUACUACAAUGGCAAGUUUCCCUCACGCGAGCCUGGAAUGAGUUGGUCCGACUUUGGCCGCCACCUCGUGCACCUCGUCUACACGGGCGCGUUCCCCCAUGCCAAGGCCUGGAUCUGGUACUGGUCAUACCUCAUCUUUGAGGGCGCCUGCUACUGCCUCCUCCCCGGUGUCUGGAGCUACGGCAAGCCGCUACCGUUUCUCGGCGGUAAGCAGCUCCCAUACUUUUGCAACGCCUACGCUAGCUUCUACUUCACCCUCACCGUGCUGGCCGGCCUGCACUUUAGCGGCGUCUGGCCCCUGUACACUGCCAUUGAUGAGUUUGGCCCCCUACUAUCCGUGGCCAUUCUCAGCGGCUUCAUCGUUGCCUUUGUCGCCUACUUUUCGGCUCUCUACCGGGGCAAGCAGCACCGCAUGACUGGCUACCCCAUCUACGACUUCUUCAUGGGUGCCGAGCUCAACCCGCGCUUAUUUGGCAUCCUCGACUUCAAAAUGUUCUUUGAAGUCCGCAUGCCCUGGUACAUUUUGCUCAUCCUCAGCCUAGGCGCCGCCGCCCGCCAGUACGAGCAGUACGGCUACGUCUCGGGCGAGAUAAUGUUCCUCGUCAUGGCCCACUACCUCUACGCCAACGCCUGCGCCAAGGGUGAGGAGCUCAUCGUCACCACCUGGGACAUGUACUAUGAGAAAUGGGGCUUCAUGCUCAUCUUUUGGAACCUGGCCGGCGUGCCCCUCUCGUACUGCCACUGCACCAUCUAUCUCGCUAAUCACGACCCCGCCGAGUACCGUUGGAACCGCGCCGCCCUUGUCCUUUUCUACGCUGCCUAUCUCUUUUGGUACUGGGUCUGGGACAGCUGCAACUCGCAAAAGAACCGCUUCCGCGCCAUGGAGCGCGGCAAGCUUGUCAACCGCCGGACCUUUCCCCAAGUGCCCUGGCAGACUGUUGAGAACCCCAAGACGAUUAAGAGCCCCCAGGGUACCAUUCUCAUCGACGGCUGGUACGGCCUAGCCCGCAAGAUCCACUACACGUCGGACAUUUGGUUCUCCAUGUCUUGGGGCCUCAUCACCGGCUUUGAUAGCCCCUUUCCGUGGUUUUAUCCCGUCUUUUUUCUCUGCAUGAUCGCCCACCGCGCCUCGCGUGAUAUUCACCGCUGUCGACAAAAGUACGGCGAUGCAUGGCUCGAGUAUGAGCGCCGUGUACCCUACCUCUUCAUUCCUGUGAGUCUUGUCUUGUCUUGCGUCGAUGACGCCGCCACUAACAUCUGCAAAACAGUACGUCUUUUAAAAGAGGUCAUUGCAGAGCAAGAUAUUGCUCUUUCGUCAAGUCCCGUCAAAGCUCGCUCGCCGUUUUUUGCUUAUUUCUCUUCAGAGCAGCUCAACUCCCGCCAGACGUAUCUUUUUUGGCUUUUCUUUUCUUUUCUCGAACCGAUUUUCAUUGUACAUAUAAUGGACAUAAAAUCACCAAAACAUGACGCAAGUCUUUUUAAUGAUGAGCGGGAGGGUAAAUAG